AGUGACAGGGUAGGGGUGGGAUAUCAGAUCUGGAGGUUUAGGCAGGAACAUGCCAUGCUGAGAUUAGGUUUUGGAAAGAUUCACUGGCUGUUGAGUGGUAAAUAGGUUGGAAGAUAGGGAGACGUGCUCGGAAUUCUGGCCGUUGUCCAGGGGAGCUCUGAUAAGAGCCUGAAGCAAGGCUGUGCAGUGGGAAUAGAGAGGAGGGGACAGAUGAGAGGGGGCAUUCAGAGGUCGAAUUUGAUAGGAUUUAGAGACAGUGGCAUGGGAUUGAGGCAGGAAGAAGAGUCUAGGUUGGCUCAGUGAUGGUUUUGGUUUGGUUGCCUGAGAAGACAGACGUGCAUUCACAGAGGCAGGGAGCCCAGGAGAGGCUAAGGUCAAGUGCAAAGAGCAGGAUAUGCCAAGCAAUGGUUAGAGGCUGCAGAAUUUGACUACAGUUUUAGCAAUGACGCUGUGAAGUUCAUUGCCCCUUAAUAGCAAACCCACACUUUAAAUUAAAUUAAAACAUUUUUAGUUUAACUCUUCUGAGUGGACCCACACAUAUAUUUUCUGCUACUUAUUACUGAGAAUGACUAAGUAUUAUAAUUGAGCUGAAAAUAAUCUCCCGCCCAUACUUGCUGGGUUGGUUUCUAAGUAUUGCUUGGGUUUUUAUCUACUGAAACAAAGUUGUGCUCUUUCCAAAUGUUAAUUUUGAAGACUGCAGAUGGUAACCAUCUGUUACACGACUAGCAUUUUACAAUAUUUGAUUAGCACUUUAUAUAGUUUGGGGAAGCCUGCCAGUGGAGUCUGCCCAUCAGAUGGGGACUUCGGUGGUAUGUCCUCUGUGGUGGCCCUUGAAGGUCUUUGCCCCCAUUGUAUGGGGUUCCCCUGUUUUUUGGGGGGCUUUAGCACAGCUAGUCAGACUGGCAGGUUGAUGAUUCGUGGCAGGAGAACCAUACGGGCCUUGCCGUGUUUGCACUCUUUCUUAGAGCUGGAACCAUCAGACCUCAUCGUGGAAGCAGAAUUUGGGAGGUCAAGAUCUGUCCAUCAGUUAGGACUCUUUGGGUUGCAAGUGACAAAACAAACCCAAGCCCCUUUUCUUUGGCAAAGGGCAUUAAUUGAGUCAGGUCAUUAAAAAGUCUAGAGGUAGGACUGCCUUCAGGUGGAUGGUUGUAGGAUUCAAACGAAUUCUUCAGACUUGGUUCCUCUCACACUCUCAGCUCUGCCUGCUGCUGUGUGGCUUCACUCUCAGGCUUCCAAAGGAAGCAAGAUGGCGCCCCCGGGAGAGGAGCAAAUCCCCUCAGCAGCAAGUGUAGAGGGAAAGAACGGAGGCCUUCCCGGUCACCUCUGCAGAGGUGGUAGAAUGUGUUCUGAUUGGGCCAGCUUCCAUCACGUGCCCAUCUGUGGCCCAAUCCCUGCGACCACGUGGAUGCAGGGCUCUGAUUGGUUAGACCUGGAGUGGAGCCCCACCCUGAGCUGUGGGUGGAGGCCUGGGGAGAGGUGGAUCGCCAGUCACACAUCCAGCGCUGUUAGCAGAAGGGAGGAGGGUUGGGGGGCAGACCGCCACCUGCCCGCCCUGGUGUCAUGGCCGGAGCCCAGAGUACCAGGAGGCAUUGGCAAACUUAGCCGUGGAGACAGGCAGUUAUUGUUGCCAGGAAGAUAAUAUGCUGGAAAUGGAAUGAAGGAGCCUCUGAAAUGGGCUACUUAAUGAAUUUCCUUUCUUAGUUUAAGAACCUCUGAUAGAUUUAGUAUUCUGGAUCUCUUUUUUUUUUGAGGGGGAGGGAGUUGUCUUUCUUCUUUUUAUGUUACUUUAAAACUAAGGCCAAUCACUUAAUCUUGGUCUUUUAGCUCCUUCGUUUGGAACAUUGUGAGCUUCUCUCUCAGAGAGGGAAGAUCUGUACAGAGCAGAUAACAGAUUCCAUUCAGUCCAGUUCAACAAACAGGGCACGAAGCCCCGGGGCCUGGGCCAGCCUCCACAGGCCUGGCAGCAGAUGAAUCCUCAGCAGUGUGGGAAGCGCUGUAACAGCUCCAAAACAGGGCACUGCAGCCCCUCAGGGCAGGACAGUCAGGAAGGGCUUCCCAGAGGAAGUGACACGGAGCUGGACCUGGAGGGAUGACCAUGAGUUCCUCCCAUGGCAGAGAAGAGGAGGGGAGCUUGAUGCUGAAGGGGCUGCUUGUGCCAAGGGACCAAGAGGGACAGAGGGUCUCGCAGAUGGCCCCGCUCCCAGGGGCAGAGCUUGUGCAGAGGCCGCUGCAGCUCUACCGAUACCUGAUGCGCUGUUGCCGGCAGCUGCCCGCCAAGGGCAUCCAGGAGCAUUACAGACAUGCUGUCAGGCAGAGUUUCCGGGUUCAUUCAGAUGAAGACAAUCCUGAGAGAAUCCAACAUAUUAUUAAAAGAGCCAUUGAAGAUGCAGACUGGAUCAUGAACAAAUAUAAGAAACAAAACUGAGAUGCCGGGGCCUAGAGAACCAAGCUGUCCUGAAGACAGUGAGGUUGAGAGACCUCGCUUCUCCUGGAAGUCAGCAGCGGCAGCCGUUUUGGAAUAUCCAUCAGCCUUAUUGGCUGAGAGCAGGAAAUCAGGGGUAGGAGAAGCUGACGUCUGCUCAGCUGGCUCUUCUUUCCACGUGUAUGUCCCAGCAUCCUUUAUGUUUGCUUUUCUGGCCACUGCCACGGGAGAUUUGGGGAGAAUAUGUUUUGUCACUUUGCUCCGAAGGUGCUGCAUGUAUUCUGGGUGUUGUCCUUUGAGACCCAGAGUGGGCAUCCCCUCGGGCUGUCCAGGGAGGACAGGGCAUGGGUUUUCAAACCAGUCAGGUCUGGAUUUGAAUCUCUGUUCUGCGGCUUUUCAAGGGUGUUGCCUUUGAGCUCAGCUUCCUCCUGUGUGAAGAUUAAGUAUAAGGAAGUCGAAGAGCUUCAAACGUCCCCCUGAGGAGGCCAUCCUCCACCGCGCCUUCCUCCCCGCCCGCAGUGCUCCACAUGUCUCUCUGGCACACUCCUCGUCGGGCCCGGGGGAUGUGUGGGCCUGCCCUGUCCUGCUUGUUGUCCCUGAACGCUCAUGGCCCCACCAUGCCCAGCAGUCCCCCAAGCAGCCGCUCCUCCCGGCACUGUCCUUCCAUGAAGUCCUGGUCCUCGCCUUCAUGGAGUGUCUAGUGUCCCUGAAGUGGUGAAACUCACGCUGCGUGGAACAAGGAAGAAGGGCAGAGCAGCUACAGCGGAUGCCGAAGUGUGCAGGCCUCUGUGAACCUGCGAUCUCUCCUGCUGGCCCUUCCCUGCUUUGCCAAUGUCUUGGAAGGAAGAAUGGAGGCAGGGCAGCAAGGAGGGAGGUGGGGAGCAAGCAUUCCUGUGGGGUAUGGUGAGCCUGAAACCCAUGGAGUGAGACUGGGUCGCAUCCCAAUGCCAUAGAAGUUGCUCGUAGGGGAACUUACCUGGCCUCUUUCAGCCUUGGUUUCCCCAUCUCCAGUGCAGUGAUGCCCCCACCUACCUGCCUGGGCUGCAACAAGGAGUGCUGAGCUCUAACGCAUGCCAGGUGCUUCUUGCAGAAGCUGGCUCAGGGAGCCGACUGCACUGCCGUGGCCGGUCACCACAGUUAGGGAGCCCUGCUUUGCAGACUGGGAGAUGGCAGCACAGACAGGUCGAACCCCUUUUCAAGGUCACCAAGCUACUAAGCGAGGUCUGUGUGAAUCUACCAAACAGUACAAAUUUGGGAGGGAAGGGGGAGCAGCAGAGGGAGGGAAAGCGUCCAGGAAGGACUCGGGGGGCUGGCCAGAGCAGGAGGGGCAGCCAAAAGAGGAGGAGCCACACCGGACUUGCAUAUCCCCAAGGACUCUCAGCCAGAGGGAUAAGCCAGCAGGUUCGUGACCCUGCAAUGAAUUAUAGGACUUAAAGUGACUCAGGGACAUCUGUAUGGACUGAUCAGCAGGUAAUGAAGUAAAUAUAUCGAUUUCUGAAA